AAGGGGACUGACCAGGGGAUUGUCCAGAAAGGUAAACAGCUUGUCCUUGAAGACUAGACAAGAUUGCGCAGUUUCAAUUUUCUUUCCUCGAGUGAAAGAGUCAAGUCCAGUCAAGUUUGGAUCCAUGGAAAGAGAGAUCUGUUCGAGCGCACUUUAAAAAACCAAGAAUCCAUGCUGAUCCAACCACAUUCCAGUUCAUACUUUCGCAGUUCGUAACACCGUGCUGUUCUGGGUCGGAGACUUUUUGGUCAUCCAUGGCCGGUUUAACAAACGGGAAGCAGGGGUCGGGAGGCCAAGCGGGAAAGGCUGCUGCUCUCGCUCGGCUCUUGCAUGAGGAAAGCCUGCGACUAUUAGAGCUAUACAGGGAAAAAGAGUCACUACCCCUCCAGCCCGUAGAGGGUGAUCGCAUGGUGUCCUCACCCCCUUUCACCUCUCAGCUCUCGGCUGCUGACAAGCUGUGCUUCCUCCAUGCUGCCCUAACAAAGUGUGUCCAUCUCCUGGACCGCGCCAUUGGACGAGAGGACACCGAGUUUGGCAACGACAAGCAGGGAGAAUAUACGAAGCUGAGACAGACGGUUAAAGACAGGCUGAGACACCUGCUGCAGAGCACAGAGCGACUCCUAGUGGAACAGAAGGGUAGUGCAGCAUGCAGCACAGAGGCUGAUGUGAAAGAGGAGACGGAUGGGUUAUUCAGUGGUGGCACAUUUAACCUGAAGAUGUGGAUCCACAGGGUCCUGCAGGAGGUGGUUCACUGGUCCGACACAGCCUCCCAAACCCUUCACUCUCUCCCCGCAGACAGAGGAAAGGACCAAAAGAGGAUGAGCAGAACUGGGAGACGAUCGAAAAGAUCAGUACGGAAAUGAUUCAGAACGUGUGAGGAAGAUCACUGGAGAGAGAGAGAGAGAGAGAGAGAG